AUGGCCUCGAGUGCCGCACACCACCAGGAGCUGCUAGACAAGGAUCGCCGACGAACGAAACGCGCGCGCUCACAGUCGUUCUGCCGGUCUCCCGGACUCGCCCACCACUGCAGGAGGCGGAGGGACUGGGCCAACGACCUGAGCCCCGGGCCGGCGGGGCUGAUCGCCGAGCGCGUCCUCUCCGACGACGUCGCCGGCUACGUCCGCUUCCGCGCGGUGUGCGCCGCGUGGCGCGCGUCCUGCGCGGACCCGAGCGCGCACGACGUCUUCGACCCCCGGUUCCACCCGCGGCGGUGGGCCAUGAUCCCGCGGCGCUCCUCCUCCAACGCCGUCGUCCGCAGCCAGCGGGCCUUCCUCAACGCCUCGACCGGCGAGUGCAUCCACGUGCGCCUCCCGGACCUCCGCCACGGCCACUACCUCUUCGGGCCCACCGCCGAGGGCCUCGUCGUCCAGCUCCACAACCCGCUGACGGGGCAGCGCGCGACCUCGCUGCUCGUCCCGACGAGCGCGUCCAAUGCCUACAGGAUAACGGACGCCUUCCGCGUGAGGAGCGCCGGCCUCGCCGGCGGCUCGACGGUCGCGCUCCACUACGGCAAUGCCGCUGUAGCCGUCGCCAGGCCCGGUGACGAGUGCUGGACGCAGCUGGGACCCAUCGGAAACUUCAAGUCAGCCGCGUCCUUCGCGGGCCGCUUCUACUGCGUCACCUUCGAGAGCAUCUCGGUGCUGGAAGCCACGGCGAGCCAGCCGCCGCGGCUGGUGGCGGCCGUCGAUCUGAAGCCCCGCGGGUUUCUUUGGUCAGACAUGGUACACCUCGUCGACAGGGACGGAGAGUUGGUCCUUGUCCACUGCGUGCUGAAUCCUACCAGCACUAACUUUUGUGGAAGGUACACGGCGUACCGGGUGAACCUGGACAAGAGAGACAUGGUGGCCAUACCCGGCUUGCGAUAA